AUGGAUGCAAGAAACGCGCGGAUUUGUCCAUAUUGCAAACCUAAUCAAGAAAAUGAUGGUAUUCAUAUUGCUUCUUCCUUACAUAAAUUUAAUUAUUUACUCUUUACUUGGAAUAAAGAUAGGCAGUCUUUAAUAAAAAACAGGCAUAAUGUAGAGCUAAGCAUUUCAAAAGGUAGUGAUUCUCUUAAUCAUGAUAACAAAGGAAGACAUUCUUUUAAGAUAACGCCCAGUGAUUUGUUCUCACAAGGAAAUGAAAUUGAUUUUAGAUGCACAAUUCUUAGUAAAAGAAAGGAACCAAUUUACCUUGUAUAUGCAAAUGUUUUACUUCGGCACACAUGGUUUUCAUUUCAUGACCCAAACAAUAAUAUGUGUGAAAGAAGAAUUGAACUUAAACAAAAUGCAAGUUAUAGUACAAUUGUAAAAUUUGUCGCUGGUGAAACUGUUCUUGUUGGAAAUUACAAAAUUCCAGUAUGUUUUUCUUUUGAAACUGUUGGUAGUAGAAAGGAUACUUUUCACAUAGUCCGAGAAAUUGACAUAGUAGUUGCUGAGGAAUUGUCUGAGAAAAUUGAAAUUACUGAAAGUCCAUUUAAAGGUAUUCCUUGGCCACGUGACGUCGACAUUUUGAAGUCUACUUGUAAACAACAAUAUUCAAAUAAUUACCCGAUACCAUAUGAAUACAAAAAAUUUUUGAUUAACAAUUUAGAGGAAUUUCAGUCUAUGGAUGGAUCUGAUUUUUUUACUUUGGCAGAGAUAAAAAACAAACUAGAUCCAGGCAAUGUAACUGAAUCUAAUUACCAAGACUUUUGGGACAUCAUUCUAUGGUUGGAAGAAAUGAAACAAGGACUCGGUCUUCAGCAGUACAAUAUGGAAAAUGUAACCAUAAAGUACGAAAAUGGCUGGUUUGAGCUGGAGGUGCCAGGUUUAGCAGAGAAACGCCCGUCUAUAGUAAAGGGUGAUAUGGUUGAUUUACGCAUACACGAAGAUCGCGUUGGUUAUCGAGGAACAAUUAUGAGAGUAAAUGACAGUACAGUUGAAAUAGGAAGCAUUGAUGCAGAAUUUUACGACAUUGUAAAGAAAACUCCCGAGGUACUCAAAGAUAUGGACGUAAAAUUUGUUUUGAGUAGAUUAGCUCACGAAAGACAACAUCAGGGCGUGCAAAGAGUUGUUCAAAAUGGACUAGUGCCAUGUUUGUUUCCACCAGAAAAAGUUGGAUUCAAACUUGAACUUGAGACCAGGACGCUCAAUGAUGGAGAUUUCUUCAAUUCGACUAUUGCCCAAAAUCGAGAACAAAAAGCAGCAGUUUUAAAAAUUUUGAACGCUACUUCGACUCCUUAUCCGUACAUUGUAUUCGGCCCACCGGGCACAGGAAAAACUGUAACUAUUGUUGAGGCUAUUUUGCAACUAAAGAAAAAGACCAAACACCAUAUUCUGGUAUGCGCUCCUUCUAACGCUGCGUGUGACGUCAUAACGGAGCAAUUGCUACGCCAUUGUAAAGACGAAGAACUCCUAAGAAUUGUUUCUGAAAAUGUAGACACAUCCAACAUUCACGAGGUAGUCAUACCCUACACAAAUUACGAAGGCGAUGAUAUAUUUAGAAAAGUUCUUCCCGAAACUCUCAAACAUUAUCGCAUUGUCGUAACGACAUUGAUUCUAGCAGGAAGGUUUACCGGAAAAUACCAUCCAGACGUAUUGUUUAUCGAUGAAGCGGCUCAGGCAUCCGAAACUGAAGCCUGUUGCGCCAUCGCUCUGAUGGAAAAGGGAAAUAAAAUUAUUUUGGCUGGAGAUCCCAAGCAACUGGGUCCAUCUUUAUCGUCAGAAAAGGCUGUCGAAUACGGAUUUGGAAUAUCUCUUCUAGAACGUUUGAUGGAAUGCGAUUUGUACACUCAAAAUAAUAAUAAUUAUAUAACAAUGUUGAUUCAAAACUUCAGGAACCACACUAACAUUUUGCAUAUACCAAAUAAGCUAUUUUACGAUGAAAAACUGCAGGCAAUGUCUGCAAUAUCUGAAAAUGAUCCAAUUUCAAAAAUUUACGUGUUUGCAAAAAUACAGGAACUUCACACGAAAAAGAAACAGAAAAAAAGAGGACAGCCUGUCGAAUUUUGUAGUUUGCUUUCAAAAGAAUCGCAAGAAGGAAAAUCACCAAGCUACUAUAAUAUGAUGGAGUUACAGAUGACAAUUAAGUAUGUACGAGCUCUCCUAUCUUUAGAAUUCGAAGAUGAAGAUAAUUCAGUGCGCCAAUCUGAUAUUGGCGUAGUAACACCUUAUGUCAGACAAGUUCACAAAUUGAAAGUUCUUCUCAAGAACAAGGGUUAUGGUGAUGUAGAAGUUGGGACUACAGAAACGUUUCAAGGCCGAGAAAAAAGGAUUAUUAUAAUAUCGACUGUCCGAGCAAAGCCGGAUCUCUUAUUAGAAGAUCACCAAUACAAGUUGGGCUUUGUUAACAACAAGAAGAGAUUCAAUGUUGCCCUAACAAGAGCCAUGAGUAAAUUAAUAGUCAUAGGAUGUGCUCACGUCCUGGCGACAGAUGACAAAUGGUUGGAAUACAUCGAAUUUUGUGAAAGUCUCAAUGGAUUUUGUGGUGCACCAUUUAAUAAAAGAACUCCGGACAUUAUUACAGAUACCACUAAAAGAAUUAGUAAUAUCAAGAAGGACACACAAUAUGCAUCAUAA